GGCAUACUAUUGUUUUGAUAGACAGAUGUUUUGAUUCGCGCAGAGCAAAGAACUUUGACAGAAAAUCGACUAAUAAAAAAAUUCCCACAAAGUGAAAAAUGGACGAAAAAGCUGGAGAAAGUCUCUCUGGAGAUGAAAUGCAGGAUCUCCAGAAUCCCAAGAGGACACGCUUCAGUGACACAGACGUCGACAGGGCUGAGCAGAGCACAGAGGGGCACAGUGGAGGUGCGUGUGCUGCGUUGGAGGCAUCUGGAGGGGCCAGGAGCAGUCAGGUGGAUAGUGGGAGUGAGGCCAAUGACGCAGGUGAAGCCUCGACCUCCACAGCUGUGUCAUCCGUGAGUUCAUCCUCGAAAUUUGCAGCCGUUGGCACGAGUGAGGAUAGCGGACGAUGCGCCAGUGGUUCCGGAACGAGUACAGCUGCAGCUGAGGCCGAAGCGAGGCCCGCAAAGUCGCCCACCGUGGCGAAGACAAAGCACGCAAACAGAAAUUAUCGCUCUCCGAGGUUUCGUUCAUUUGUCGGCUCCUUCUGCUCCCCAACACCCUCAUCGUCGGACGACGACGAGGGCACCACAACGUUCCGGCAGCGUUUUGUAGAGCGCAAAGAACGCCGAGAGCGUGAAUCCAGCCCCGUGCGUGAGGCUCGGAUGGAUGUGGAUGCCCUGAGUAGUGAUCAGGAGCAGAGAUCUGUGAGAACUAGUGCCUCGAGAAGCUCAUCAUCGUCCCCAUCGCUCUUUGGGCGGAGCCUCUUCCAGCAAUCGGACUACACGGACAAUAAUGACGCCAACAACGACGUCUACAGUUCCCAGUCGUCGGUACAGUCACACGAAUACGCCAUCUCAGACGACAAGGCGGAAUUCCUGACGUGGCCUAAGCCCCCACACACAUGGUGCUCAAUCCCCGAGCUUAUCUACCGCCAGCAAGGGCUAACAGGGCGCGGUAGACAAACCCUCGCUGGACGCUCCACGCAGAUGUUUGAACGGCGCUUCGGGGGCUCCCGUCAUGCCGUUGAGCGUCUGGAACUCAUGAAAAAGCUCACUGAGCACGAGGGCUGUGUCAAUUGCCUCAACUUCAAUCGCUCCGGCAAUCUCCUUGUUUCCGGCUCUGAUGAUCUCAAGAUCAUCCUGUGGAAAUGGUCAUCCCCAGAUGAGAAAACCUUCAGCUUCGACAGUGGUCACACAUCAAAUGUGUUCCAGACCAAGUUCAUGGAGCUGGGGAAUUUGCACAUUAUCUCCAGUGCCAGGGAUGGCACGGUGCGACACCACGAAGUGCCUCCGGGGAGUGACAAACCCAUCAGUACGUUGCUCAUCAAACACUUGGGACCCGUUCAUAAGGUCGCCUUGCCGGCUACGUCACCAUUUGAAAUUCUAUCAGCUGGAGAGGAUGGAAAUGUGAUCAGAUGCGACCUGCGGGAUGGAAAUAAGCGAGAAAAGCUCGUGACAAUUAAAGCCCACAAUCGUCGCGUUCAGCUUUACAGCAUUUCUUCCCAUCCGAUUAAUCAAGAAUUCUGCGUGUGUGGACGCGAUCAGUUUGUCCGUGUAUACGAUCGCCGCAAUGCAAAGAAUGCUGUAAAAAUUCUAAGUCCUGAACAUCUGGCCAAUAAGAAGCCCUUCACAAUUUACAUAACGUGCGCCGUCUACAAUUGGAUUGGCACGGAAAUCCUUGCGUCCUAUAGCGAUGAAGAUGUCUACUUGUUUGACAACAAAUACCAAACACCUGGAUCAUAUCUGCACAAAUACCAGGGACAUGAUAAUAGCUCCACAAUUAAGGGUGUUAAUUUCUUUGGGUCACGUUCGGAGUUUGUUAUGAGCGGAAGUGACUGUGGGAAUUGCUUCUUCUGGGAUAAGAAUACUGAGACUAUUGUGCAGUGGAUGCCGGGUGAUGAGACUGGGGUUGUCAAUGUGCUCGAACCCCAUCCAACCUUCCCAAUUCUUGCCACCUCGGGCCUUGAUCAUGAUAUCAAAGUUUGGAUGCCAUCUAAUGAGAAUGAGCCAAAGCUCGAGGGGCUGAAGAAAUGUGUCCACCGCAAUCUAACAUGUCGCAAUGUUGUUGGUGAGGAUAUCUUCGAUGAUCGCAUGAUAACAUUCUUCGUGAGGCAAUGCCUGAGGAAUCGUCGUGAACGUGAUCCAAACUACUGUCCAAAUGUCAGUGAGUUGGCCUCGUCAUCGGAUAGCGAUGAUGACAUUCAAAAUUUGGGCAGUGAUCUGGAUCCGGACAAUUUGCGCUCACUCCCAUGUGCUCCAUCCUAGGAGAUGUGACAGCAUCCUUCCAGCACCCGUUGCAGUGAUCACAACGCACGCAGUUUCUUAUAGAUGAAUCGUCCUGUGUCUAUUAAUCUCCUUGUUUUAUCUCCCUCCCUCCCCCUUCUUGUCCUCCUCUUUGCUAAUCUCGAAAGAGAGUUGAAAAAAAUUAUUGAUAUAAUCCAUAUGAGUACAUGCAUAUAACUCAAAUUCCUACACAGAUGUUUAUAUAUACAUAUGUAGUCAACUGUGGGCUAAUAAAUCGAUUUAUUCACGGGGUAGCAACGAAA